UGUAGUUUUACCGGCCUGAAUCAUAGCCAUCCAGCGUCCCAGUCUCACUGCGUUAUUUGUGAAAAUGGCCAGCGUGAGGAAUUAUUAAUUAAAGCUAACAAAUCACCCUGACGAGCUGUGCCCUGGCAUGGCUGAAGGUUGAUUGGCGAAAGUGUUCUCCUUUGGAGAAAAGACUUUUUGUGCUCGUGACGCAGUCAGGGACGGAUUAUUGAAUAUGCAAGUUAGAAGAAAAAUCACAGGACAAGCAAAUUGAGUAUUUACUGGCAAAUAAUUGCUCUCUUAAGCUGUGGCUCUCUUCCUAAAUUCUUAGCAUUCCCGAGGGUUAGAAAGAAACACAGAAAAAUGCAUCGGUACAGAGUACAUUUCAAAAAAAUUACCUAGACUGAUGUUUCAGACGUGCAGAAUGUUUCAUCGUCACUAACUGGAUAUUCAUCACAACAUUGCUGUCCGUUCUUUGACCAUCAGUCUGGGCCUGCUUCUGCUCCUUAUAUGCAGCCACUCUCUGUUCCCUGCCCCAAUGAACAUCUGCACUAGGUCCAAGCCUUGGAGUGAUUUACCAGAAGAGUGACACCACUUAUUUGGAAACUACUGAAGAAACCCAAGACAGCUGAAAACCAGAAGGCAUCUGAGGAGAAUGAGAUUACUCAGCCGGGUGGAUCCAGCGCCAAGCCGGGCCUUCCCUGCCUGAACUUUGAAGCUGUUUUGUCUCCAGACCCAGCCCUCAUCCACUCAACACAUUCACUGACAAACUCUCACGCUCACACCGGGUCAUCUGAUUGUGACAUCAGUUGCAAGGGGAUGACCGAGCGCAUUCACAGCAUCAACCUUCACAACUUCAGCAAUUCCGUGCUCGAAACCCUCAACGAGCAGCGCAACCGUGGCCACUUCUGUGACGUGACGGUGCGCAUCCACGGGAGCAUGCUGCGCGCACACCGCUGCGUGCUGGCCGCCGGCAGCCCCUUCUUCCAGGACAAGCUGCUGCUCGGCUACAGCGACAUCGAGAUCCCGUCGGUGGUGUCAGUGCAGUCCGUGCAAAAGCUCAUUGACUUCAUGUACAGCGGCGUGCUGCGCGUCUCGCAGUCCGAGGCCCUGCAGAUCCUCACAGCCGCCAGCAUCCUGCAGAUUAAAACCGUCAUCGAUGAGUGCACGCGAAUCGUGUCGCAGAACGUGGGCGAUGUGUUCCCGGGGAUCCAGGACUCCGGCCAGGACACGCCGCGGGGGACCCCCGAGUCGGGGACGUCGGGCCAGAGCAGCGACACGGAGUCCGGCUACCUGCAGAGCCACCCGCAGCACAGCGUGGACAGGAUCUACUCGGCCCUGUACGCGUGCUCCAUGCAGAACGGCAGCGGCGAGCGCUCCUUCUACAGCGGCGCGGUGGUCAGCCACCACGAGACGGCGCUGGGCCUGCCCCGCGACCACCACAUGGAGGACCCCAGCUGGAUCACGCGCAUCCACGAGCGCUCGCAGCAGAUGGAGCGCUACCUGUCCACCACCCCGGAGACCACGCACUGCCGCAAGCAGCCGCGGCCGGUGCGCAUCCAGACCCUGGUGGGCAACAUCCACAUCAAGCAGGAAGUGGAGGACGACUACGACUACUACGGUCAGCCGCGGGUGCAGAUUCUGGAGCGCAAUGAAUCCGAGGAGUGCACGGAAGACACCGACCAGGCCGAGGGCACGGAGAGUGAGCCCAAAGGUGAGAGCUUCGACUCGGGCGUCAGCUCCUCCAUAGGCACGGAGCCUGACUCCGUGGAGCAGCAGUUUGGCGCUGCGGCGGCGCGGGACGGCCAGGCGGAACCCGCCCCACCCGAGCAGGCCGCGGAAGCCCCUGCCGAGGGUGCCCCGCAGCCGAAUCAGCUGGAAACAGGUGCCUCCUCUCCAGAGAGAAGCAACGAGGCAGAGAUGGACAGCACGGUCAUCACUGUCAGCAACAGCUCUGACAAGAGCGUCCUGCAGCAGCCUUCGGUCAACACAUCCAUCGGGCAGCCAUUGCCAAGUACCCAGCUCUACCUUCGCCAGACAGAAACCCUCACCAGCAACCUGAGGAUGCCUCUGACCUUGACCAGCAACACACAGGUCAUUGGCACCGCUGGCAACACCUACCUGCCGGCCCUCUUCACUACCCAGCCCGCGGGCAGUGGUCCCAAGCCUUUCCUCUUCAGCCUGCCUCAGCCCCUGGCAGGCCAGCAGACCCAGUUUGUGACAGUGUCCCAGCCCGGCCUGUCCACCUUUACUGCACAGCUGCCAGCGCCACAGCCCCUGGCCUCAUCCGCAGGCCACAGCACAGCCAGUGGGCAAGGCGAAAAAAAGCCUUAUGAGUGCACUCUCUGCAACAAGACUUUCACGGCCAAACAGAACUACGUCAAGCACAUGUUCGUACACACAGGCGAGAAGCCCCACCAAUGCAGCAUCUGUUGGCGCUCCUUCUCCUUAAAGGAUUACCUUAUCAAGCACAUGGUGACGCACACAGGAGUGAGGGCGUACCAGUGUAGUAUCUGCAACAAGCGCUUCACCCAGAAGAGCUCCCUCAACGUGCACAUGCGCCUCCACCGGGGGGAGAAGUCCUACGAGUGCUACAUCUGCAAAAAGAAGUUCUCUCACAAGACCCUCCUGGAGCGACACGUGGCCCUGCACAGUGCCAGCAACGGGACCCCUCCUGCGGGCACACCGCCAGGUGCCCGCGCUGGCCCCCAAGGCGUGGUGGCCUGCGCGGAGGGGACCACUUACGUCUGCUCCGUCUGUCCAGCAAAGUUUGACCAAAUCGAGCAGUUCAACGACCACAUGAGGAUGCACGUGUCUGACGGAUAAGUAGUACCUUUCUCUCUUUCUUACGAACAAAACAACAAAAAAAGAAACAAACAAAAAAAAAGCUAUGGCACUAGAAUUUUAAGAAAUGUUUUGGUUUUGUUUUUACUUUCUGUUUUUGUUUUGUUUCAUUUCAUUUUGUACUACAUGAAGAACUGUUUUUUGCCUGCUGGUACAUUACAUUUCCGGAGGCUUGGGUGAAGAGUCGUUUCCCCAGCCUCCCUCGGAUGGUGGCCUUAAGGCCUGGUAGUGCUUCGAGAGGUCCACUGGUUGGAUCUCUAGCUACUGGCCUCUAAAUACAACCCUUCUUUACAAAAAAAUCUUUUAAAAAAAAGUAAAAAAAAAAAAACACAACAUUUUUUUUUCACUUGUGAAGAGCACUACAAAAAUAUAUAACAAAAUCUAAAAGGCCUACUGUCUUUAAGUACACCGCUUGCAGUGUUUCAGUGGACAUUUUCACAAUUCUGGCCGCUUGGACUUCACAGUAACCAGUUAAAACUGUGGAUUAUCACUUCUGGUUGAAAACCCAGAGGGAGGGCCCUGCUGUUUUCCACCUACCACGUUGUCUGAUUUCACAAAAGGGCUGUGGGGGGCGGGAAUGGGCAGAGGGUCGGUGGUGUGGGAAAGAAAGGCAAAUGGCAGGCUUCUCCCCCAGAUUCUGCCGGGGUCCACACCCCCGCCCACCUCCUCCAUAUCCCCCCUUUCAGCAGAAGCCAGGAAGACUUGGACAAGCAACAAGCAACAGUGGCUAUCGUAUUUAUUCAGUGUCUUCGCUGAGCCCCAGCCUCAGCACAAUCAAGAGGGACUUUCAUGAAAGGCAGGAAUGCAGAUAAAACAAAGAUACCAGAAAUUUGCACCUAUGUUUCUAGGUACAAGAGAAGGAUUAUUUCCAACAAUCUUUGCAAAAAAAAAGUGUCAGGAUAUAUUCUUGUGGAAGAGAAAAAGAAAAAUGGAGGGUGGGGGGAACAAUAAAAAGUUCUUGAGGCUUUUUUAAUUCAAAAUUUUAUAGAGGGGCAAAAGUGACGUUUACCAGAUAGAAUGCUGAUUUUUUAAAUAUAUUUACAACAGUAUUUGUGUAAAAAAAAAACAAAAAAGUGAAAUUGUUAAAAGUAAUUCUUUUUUUCAUUUUGGUUAUGCAUACACUGCCACCAAUCCCUUCUCUUUUAUUUUAUUUCACACACAUAUAUAUAUUUUUUGGUAAGUCAAGACUGUUAAGGUUAGCGAUACUGCUUCCAGAUAGAAAGAAUAAAAGGCAACUAAAGUUAUAUUUGAAAGAGAGGAAGGAUAUUUUCUUCAUAUUUUUUUUAAUUUUCCUUAAUUUUUAUUAUUUUAAGUAUUGCCUGGGUUGAUGAGGGCCUGUGUGGCCAGCCCAUCCAUCCCUGCUGUAAUCUGAAUUGCUGCUUUGUAUUUUGAUAUGUAGUUCUUUGACUUUUAGCAAGCUUAAGUUGCUCCACUGAAGAUUUUUUGCAAUUGAUCCAUCUAGAAUUCUGUUCUUUUUCAUGGGAGGGACUUUUAUCUUUCAGAAACAGCUUUCGUCUCCAAAAUUUCACUGAGAUCUUAUGAUUCUAGAAUUUCUAUUGACUUUACUUUUUUUUUUUUUUCCCUAUGAUGAAACACUAGUAGUCUAGAGGACUUCGUAAAUGGGUUCUUUUCUUUCGUGGUCAGCCGGGAGGAGGAGUUCGCAAAACUCUGCGGUACCUCCUCACCCUACACAACUACAGAAAGCAUUGUUAGGAGGAGCCUGUUACAGAUCGAGAUGCAUUGAUGCCAAAAUUACUUUUUUCUUUUUAAAUAUCACCUUCUAUUUCCACCAUGGUGAAGAGGGCUAAUUAAGAUGAUCAUUCUUUAGAUGAUUUAUUAACCCUUGUGUUUUGGAAAGAUUUUAGAGAAAUAAACAGAAUUUCCAGAUGCCAACAUCCACCAUUCGAAAGGCCAGCAAUCUAUUGCAUCAUACCAGAUGCCACUCUCUCUCCCUAGUUGAGAUUUCUCUCCUCGGUCCUGAUCAAGGUAUUAUAGUAGAGAUUUUUCCAUUACAGACAGUGUCCUGAAGGGAUUCCAACUCAAAUAUAGUAAUCUGUAAACCUAACUAAUAACCCCAAAGUGAUUUCAUUGCUGGGCAUAUUUUAACACACUAGAAGAGAAAAGUGAAUCUUUAAACAAAGCAGAAACAACAAACUAUAAUUUUAUAAAGAAGAAAAGAGACCAUAUUUUAGUUUCAAAAUUACAUUUUAAUUUAAUUUCCCUUCUAAUUUUCCUGUCAGCAAUAUAUUUACAAAAGCUACAUGGCAAAUGAGGGAAAAUCUUCCAAGGCAAGCAACUCUAUAAUGACUAAAUUGGUUUUACUUAUAUAUUUUAGACAUUUGGUUAACUUGGAUCUUUUUGGUAAGUUCUUUGUGAUAGUAGGGUUAGUGCAACUGACGUGUUUGUGAGUUUGAUUUGGUUCUCUGGUGCUUAAUUCAGUGGAUAUUUUGCUAGAAGUUUUAAUGUAGACUUGGAUGGUUAAUUGACUAUUGAAUAUUAUUCAUAAUGAUUUCUAAAGGAGUCCUACCAAGAGUUGUGUGUCCAAAACUGACUUGUUGUAAAAGUUAGUAAGAAACAGCUAAAGAAAUAAGAAACAUUCAUUUUUCUAUUGCUAAUUUUGUUUUUUUUUUUUUAGUAUCGAUGUCAUAGGCUCUAAUAUUUCCACUUACCACCAACAGAGGGAGCAUUAGUUAAUUAACUAUGUCAUGGAAUUGUUUUGAUAUUUUGAAAAACAAGUUAUUCUACCACCCAUAAAAUAGAAGAGAUUGACAUUAAGGAAAAAAUUAAUCUCUAGGAAGUUGACAUGAAAUCACUCGACAUGUUACAAGUGAAAAUCUGAAGCAGACCCAUUUGCCUUAAUACAAAUUUGCCAUGUAAAAAGCUAAGCAAUUGGGUUAAAAUCCACCUUUUUAUGCACAACAUGUAGACAAAAAAACCACAGGUAACUUGAAACCUUGUUGAUUAUCCUUUCCUCAUAGAAGAAGUUAUCUUAAAAGGAAAAAAAAAGUUGGGUGAUCCCAAAAGAAUUGUUGGUGAGGAGAUAUAAUUGUUGUAGUCUGUGACAAAACAGACGACCCAGGUUUGCAUUAAAGUAGAUGUAUCCCUACCAUAUGUCUAUUGUUCCCAAACAUCUCAUAGCCUAAAUAGUUGACAGAUUGGAGUGGGAGCAAAGAAGUUGUCAUGGGGCCAUUGCUAUUUGCCUAGCCUCUCAAAGGGCUGCUUCCCAAACUGACCCACAUUUUAGAAAAGAAACCAGGCUGUACCUGUUCCAAAAAGAUAGAGAUGCUUUUAGAUUGCCAGUCGUCACUUUUAAACUGAACCGUCCCAAGCACAUUAAGAAAUAAGAAAACAUAUUUUGCUUUAAGAUCAGCAAAUGAGUGUGGAUCUUUUUUACUUUUUGGUUUUGAAUCUACAAUCAUCUUAUAUUUAGACCUCAGGCUAUGAUGAUAUCAGUGCUUAAAAAUGUUUCCUCUUUAGUAGCCAAGAAGAAGAUAGAUAAGAUGAAAGCAAAUAUUCCAGACUUAAGACCUCUUAGGAUGAAUAUAGGAACAAGAACUAGUACGGAAAAGAAUUUUUCUUUAGCAAUUUAUGAUUUUAAAAUGAAAUUUGCUAGAUAAGGACAAGGUAAAAAAUCAAAGUGGAAUAUGUAUUUCCAUACAUUUAGACAUGGUUUAUGAAAAAUAAAAUUUCCUAGCACUAAAAUCAUUGGUAGUAUAUCAGCAAUGUAGGCAAUAUUUUCCCUGUUAAAUGCCAACAUUUGUACAAAAAGACCCUCAAAUGUGUAAAACAUAACCUUAAAAAAGAAAAGCAUUAGAGCACAUGUAGAUACAGAUCUACACAUGGAAAAAGAUGGAAGACCAAGUUGGGCAAAAAAAAAAACCUGAGAUGAGAGUCUCUGUAUCAAAAUUUACUAUAUAUUUUAAUUGAAUUAUAAACUCGAGCUCUUAAGAACAGCUUUAUCAACUUUUCUCUUCCCGAAUUCCUAACACUCUGAAUCUAUUUGUGCCAUGAUUAAGCAUAGCAGAAAAUGUCCUCGUAUGUGAUAGCCACAGUCCAUUCCCAGCCAUCUUAGAAGUUACAGUAGCUCUUGGCCUUGGAAAGACUUGGGUUUUAAAGGCUUGCUCUGUUUAAAAGUCAUAGGGAUUUUAUUUUCUAUCAUCACAAUAUUCUGUAAGGACCAAAAAAAUCCCUUUCCAAUCCAUGACCUGUGAGAAUUUGUGCAUUCUGAUAAUGAACAGAGAAAAGUUUUCACCUGAGUGCGUUCUUUUCCUAUUCAGUCCUGAUGCCUUGACCUGUGUGUAUUUCCAUCGCACAAACAAACCAGCAGUAUGUGCCCUGCCCAUGCCCAAAACUCAGUGUUUUUUCUCCAUAGAAAAGUGAAAAAUGAGGUAUGCUCCUAGUAAAACCCCUCAGGUCCCCCAGAAAACAUAGUAAAGGCCCAUUGUGCUUCCUUUUGGGGACUCCCUACAAUGCUCCCACCACCUGUUGCUUUUAGGAGAGGAGAGAGAGAGGCCAAUGUGGCUGGAAUUCAUACUAGCUAUGCCCCCUUUCUAGAGCCUUCCUCUGUUGUUCUAGAAGAUUUUAUGUGAUAGUUGGGGCUGCGAGCAGGAGUUAUAUGAUUCUGCAGAAAAGGUAUCAGAUAAUCAAAUCAGGUCGGCCUCUAGUAGAGCGCUGCCGCAGCAAAAGAACAAAAGAAGGUGCGAUGUGAGAGCAGACACAGCCUGGCAUGCCCUUGGGAUUAGGAGAUCAGGAGGGCGCCCUUUCCAUGGUGACCUGACUCUCAAAAGAAAUCUUCUAAAAGAAUUCUUUAAUUUAGUAAUGAGUUGAAGUCCAGGGUAAUGGAAGCUCUGGAGGAGAGAACAAAGGAAUUGCAAACUAUAUUCAGCACCAAACAAUGCUAGACCAAGAAAUAUCCAAUGGCAAAACUAGGAAGUUUGGCAAGAGGUAUUUAGAGAACUCUCUGGGCUUUUCCAUGGGUAGGGUUGGCAAACUGUCUUUUGAGUGAUUUCUGGCUCUGAGAACCCUCUUUACUCACCAGAAAAGAACUUUAUUGAAAUACCCAAUUUUGUCCCCCAGUUAAAGAAAUUUAAAAAAGAAAAAUAGGACACUCCAGAAAGAACCAUGUGACUUGUUGAUGAACAAAAGGAAGGGUACACUAGAAUUUAAAUAGGCUCCCUAACUCCCCAGAAAAAGCAAAGCAACCUCCCUAGCUGGCCACCCACUGUCUGAGACCAGACAUAACUUCCCAACUGGAGCAGCAGCCACCUCUUUCUCCUCUCUGUGUUUUCAUGAAGAAAAUGGCUGUUCUCUUAGAACCCCAGGAAAUAGAUUACAUGGGGCAGACUUUCAAAAGCAAUUUCUACUCUGGUGCUCAGGCUGCUUAUGGAGGCAGAAAAGGGGCACAGGAGAGCUCUUGUUCUCGAGCGAGAGUAUUUUCAUAUUCCCAAGGGCUUUCAUGGAGAGAUGCUAUUUCCGAUACCAGUUAAACCUUCACAAGAGGAAAGGCUGUGGUGACUCAGUGUUCCUGUAAACACAAAAUGUGGAACUUACCAAUCCAAAGCUUCAUUUCUAGCACUGGAUAUAAAGAUGAUUAGCCUGACCAAAAUACCCCAAAGAUUUUUCUAAGUCUCUGAAGAUUUCUUUCAUUCUCAAACGCUGCAUCUGUAGCAGUCAGCAGUGUACAUUAGCAGAGCCCAGGGAAUUGUUGUGAAAUUGUGGAGCUGCUUUCCAUUCUUCUUAGGGUGAAGAGAUAGGAAAUGAGGGUGGCAUAGCAUGAGUUCCUUUUGGGAAUAUGUAUUUCCCCCUCACUGAAUGAGAGGGAAAAUUGCCCUGGGGUGAAACCAGAAGUGUCAUCUUUCCACACCACCAACCGAAACACCUGUCAUUCUAGUGGUUUCUUUAGACCCUGCCUGUUUCAUACUAAAAUCAAAUCUGAAGUGACCUCAGUUAAAGUAUUUUCACAAGAGGCUACUUAUAGAUAGAAUUAUUGCCUUAAAUCAGAAAGUCAGGGGGGAAAAGAACAAAAGAUGGCAACUGGAAGGCUCUGAGGAUAUGGGCAUUUCUUGCUUCUUACCACAAAAACAGUUGCUAUUCAUGAUUGAGGACUAUGGGAACAGUUACUUCUUGGGGAGGCACCAAACUUAUCUGGAACUGGCUAUUUUCAGGAAGUGGCUGCUAUUUCCUAUCUAUUCUAUCUCAGUGAUGUAGGUCGGCGCUGAAUGUAAAAUAGAUGUCAUCUUACUAAAUAGUGAAUCCUAUAAAACAUAAUCACAGGUACCUGGGAUGCAAAUUGUAAACAUUUUCUUCGCAGAGACAAUUAUCCCAACAAAACGCUUUCUUUCCCUUUGCAAUGUAUAUCUCUAUACUUUUUUUCUCAGUCUCAGAGAGCAUCUUCUUUAUCCGAUGGUUCUUUGCGUCACUGCAAACUCACAACCUUCAAGUCUUCAUGAAGGACCAUACCCUGCAGAUUGUAGGCAAAAUCUAGCCACAAUCAUGGGGGGCCAGGCUUUUGGGAUAUCCAGUGAGGGUGUAAAAGUCCCUAAUGCCCCUCUUUCAAAAUCAGAGGUUUCCUUGGUUCACAGUGCCUCCAUGAGAUUUUGAUACGCCCAAAGCAGAAAAAAACAUUUUUUUUUAGCCCCAUAGGAGACAUCUGUUUCUACUACUGUUGCAAAAGUCGUUAUUGCCCAGCAAAAUCAUUGCAAUUUAUAUGUAGAUUCUAGUAAUGAAAGGGGCUUAACCCAGCCAGUAUGUCACAGCUGCUGUCCAAAAUGUCUGUAAAUAAGUGUGCUUUAUGCGUGUGCACACACACUGUGGGGUGCUCUCAGCACAAAACUGUUCCACAUUCAUAUUACCCGGGGACACCAAGACCGGUCAGGAAUUCCUAGCUAAGAGUCAAAAGCCUGACAUAUCUGCUUCUACCCCAUUGCCCAUCAGUAAUUUCUAUGUAUCCCUUUAAUGAGAAACUUGACUAUGCUGGUGUGGGUUAGAAUCCAUUUACAAAACUCUGCAGUUCUGUUUGAUAUACUGGUGUGUGUGCGUGUGCAUGUGUGUGCUUGUGUGCAUAUUUCUUGUCUCUGGACAUACGUGUGCUUCUCAGACAAAGCACACACAGGCAGAGGUCCCUCUUCCCAGUUGCCUCUUCCCACCAUUGUGCUCUAGACUUGUGGCUCCCUUCCCAGGAAGCAGUCACCUGCCCACUCUGUUGCUUUUUGUAGCAUUUCAGAGUUGGGAGAAACAAAGGCAGCUUGUUGGAUCCACAGCAAACCCACAGGGACAGGCUGUUUUCCUCCAGAAGAAGGUAGAACAGAAGUACUCACUGGCAAGCACGCAAGAAGGAGCCGCAGUCUGGGGCACCUCACCAGGUCUCCUGGAGGAGGGCGGCCCCGAAGCCAGACUGACAGGCCCACUCACACUUCAGCCUGAGCCCUCUCAUGGCUACUGGCCUCCAUUCCUUUCCUCUAUGCGACCCAGUGUACACACACACACACACACACACGCAGGCACACAAACCCACAACUAAAUUUUAUUCCCAAAGUAAAGCUUCCUAAUUCUACCUGCAGCUGUAGGAUAUCAUCUGUCAUUCACAAACUGUAUCUCCUGAAACCAACGUGGCCUUUGCCGAAGUCUUUCCAGGAGUGGGCUGUUUACUAUGUCUAGCAAACCAACAGACUAUGGGGGGAACAUUUUAUAAUAGUCUCUAAGAAUUGAUGGCUGGUGCCCAUCUCGAACAUUCAAAUAGGAUGCCACUCUAGUGUAACAUACUGAAUGAAUGGACCUGGCUCUCAGAGCUGACCCUGAAGUCUUGGUGGCCUGGAAAAAGUCAGAUUCAGUUUCCUCACGCCCAUGCCCUUCUUUUACUAGAUGGUUCAUUAUUUUUUAUGACAUGUAGAUUAUUUCUGCUUUAUAGAAUUCAGAGGACAUUUUCUCUCCUUUUCUAUUUUGGUGACAUUUUCCUCUCCCUUAUUAAGUAAGGCUACUUACGGUUGCAACUUUUUUGUUGUUAUUAAUUUUUAAAUGUAUAUUGUCUUUCUAUAUCCAAAAGAAGUCUGUGACUGUAACCAUAGAUAUUUCUUUCUACUGGAAAAAAAAUUAGUUGUUUUUUUUUUUAAUUAAUCGUACUAGUGACUUUGUGAAAGAAUGAGUUACUAUUUAGGUAUGCUUACUUUAAGUACACUACAUUGCAGUAUUUCUGAAACCUAGGACAUACACAUUAUAUAUACAAUAGCUCUAUAUUGAAAUAUAUAUUACAUUAUAUUCAUUUUAACUUUUGAAUCUGCCUAUGAUCAUGAGUUCAUUGAAAUAUUAUUUCUUUGCAUAUAUCACCCAUCACCAACCUGCUGCAGUUAAUCUGGUGCAUUUAAUAAUUAUUACUGCUCUAGUUUGCUUUUUAUGUUAUCAGCUUCAAUAUUGUCUUUAGACAAUUUUAGAAUUUUUUAAGCUCAGAAUUAGCAAAUGUAGGAAAGUGAAAAUGUUUUUUAAAAUUUUGGGGGGUGUGUGGCUAAUACAAAGAGGUUCAUAUUCAAAGUGAUCUUGCUUAGCUGACUCUUUCAAUAUCUGAAGAACAAAAGAAGUACAUAUGAAUGUAUCUGUGAUUUUCCCCUCUAAGACUGUCACUGUCUAAAUUUGCUUUUAAAAACAUGACCAAGGACCUGCUUAACCUCCAGAAGAUCUGACCAACAAUGAUAGGCUGCAUUUUAAAGGGCCACUCUUCUGAAAAGCGUAAGACAGUGAAAUGCCUAGUUGUCUCAAAUGUAUUUUCAAACAUAUGUUUUAGUACUGGUUCUUUAGUACUGACUACUUUUUGUUUUCAAUAUGCUUACAAUUAUUUUAACUAGUCUUCAACAUUUCCCUGAAGGCAACUUGGCAAUACAGUGUUUAUUUUCCUGGGAGGUUUUCUUUUUAGCUAAAACCGGAAUUUGAAGAACCUUUUAUUGACAGAGGCUAAGAGAAAUAGAACUCAGAAAUAUUUAUCUGAGACCUUUUUCAGUCUGAGGAAUUCAUAAAAUGGCGUCCCUUGGGUACGGGCCCCCCGUGAUCUCUAUUUGCCUGUUAAAGUGGGAAUGUGCCGCCUUUCUUCUUUAACUAGGUCAUCAAAGAACCUUCAGAAAUCAGGCGUCCUGUCUCCCUGGACAAGAAAUAUUUUCAUACAGUAUUUUCGGAUAAAGAGCUUCUUCAGCAUCCCUGAGCUCUUCAACCCAGUGCCUGAAGAAUCUCAUAGUUAGAUAAGCUCUUCAUCCAUCCAUCCAUCCAGGGCACCUGGAACUAGUCACUUUCCCUCUGUUCCAUAUUCAGGACAAAAUGAAAACAACUUUAAACUCCACAUAAAAGACCUUUCCACACCGGAUCAAUAUUAAGGCUUCUCUGUGUGAGCAUUUAGGAACUCCUUCCUCUGAUCUUUCCUAAUAACUUGUUUCCUGACCCCAUCCCAUGCUGCUGGUCCCUCCAGCAAUCUUCCCGAACCCUCCCCUGUCAGAAAGUUUCCCCUCAGCACCCUCCAAGGGUGACACCUGGUUUUCAUUAAGAAGCCACCUACUCUUAGACUACUUUGACGGGGCUAAGAUUGAGUCUAAUAGCAGAAUCAACAAUCUUAUUUCCGAAGUUUUCAACUACAUAUACUUUUUUUUUUUUUUGAGACAGUCUUACUUUGUCGCACUCAGGAGAGUGCUGUGGUGUCACAGCACACAGCAACCUCCAGCUCUUGGGCUUAGGCGAUUCUCUUGCCUCAGCCUCCCAAGCAGCUGGGACUACAGGCGCCCGCCACAAUGCCCAGCUAUUUUUUUGUUGCAGUUUGGCCGAGGCUGGGUUUGAAAGGCUACCCUCAGGGCUGAGUGCCCUACUCACUGAGCCGUAGGCGCUGCCCAACUAAAAGUACUUCUGCUACACAAACAGAAUUGGCAAUUGUUAGUGAGGCUAUUCCUUCUCCAAUGAUCACAACAAUACCCAAAUUGUAUCAACUUCAUUAUUUUCUUCUUUCCUUUUCACAAUCCUUUCCCUUUAUUUCUUAUUACUCUUUAAGACUACUUUAAAUUACCUAUUCUUCCCCAAACCCUAAUAAUUAUGACCCCUAACUGUUCAUUUCUCUUCCUUCUACUCCAUUCCAAACAUCCUUCGUUAAGUUUUUUUCUUUUUCUAGUUAAAGAGCACUGAAGUGAGUGAAUACAUAAACUUGAGAAUCGUAGGCAGAGUGAAGAAUGUCUUCCUUUUGGCUUCAGAUUUUAAAAGUUAUCAAUGUUCUCUUGAGAGUGGGAGUACCCGAGUUGCAGUUUUAAAUGUCAACUAUACUAGCUGAGGUCAUUAAUUCCUCUCACCUUCACAUCUGGCCAAAGAUAAAGAGAAAAAUGUUUUCUGGUUUUUCUAGAUACCACGGUGUUCAAAUUCUUGAUAUGAGUAGAUCAUUGCUGAAGGAGAAAAAAAUCAUUAGUGUUGAUGAAAACUCUUGCUAAUACUUAGCCAGAAUGCGUGUUUAUCAGAUAAUAGACUUACAGGAAUCUAAAGAAAGGAGUAACAUUGCGGAACAAUUUUGAUAACUUCUUAAGCCUUCAUGAGCUCUUCUCAACCAAGUAAAGCCACUUACACACAUUAUAGGCAAAAUUAGGAAGAAUUUCUCUAGUUAUUGCCUUUUUACAAAAAUAAUUAUUGAUUGGUUUAGAAUCUUGAGCAGUAAUUUACUAAUGGCUGAAAAUAUCCAUAGUUUCUACAGUAUGGUGUCAUUUUCACAGCAACCUUGUGACAGUCUUCCUUGACUUCAGUGCUCUUGCUGGAUGGCGUGCUGCCUCUCGGCUCUUACAGAGACGGACUCUGUGACAUUAGGGUCCUGUGUGGUUCUGGUUCCAUGUGUUCAGCUCUUGCUUUCCCCUUUGACAAACAGAAUCAGCAUUUAAUAUCAGAAAUGUGUUUUUAUUUGACUUGAAGCUUGACCCAGCUUUUAUCUUAACCAAUUUAUGACACCAACUCACACCACAGAGAACAAUGAGAAAUAGAAACUUUGGAAGCCUUCCUGUUCCUCAGACAGUAGGAAACUAGGGUCCCCGAAAGCCGGUAUCUCCAUGACUUAGCACUAUGAUCUUCAUUUGAAAUGUUCUCCCGGUCAAUCCUCUCUCUCUCUUCCUUUGUCCAUUCUGAUUUUUGGCAUCUUUUCUUAAAUUGCUCUUUAUCUAAAGUACUCUUCUUGGGCAAUGGCUUCUAAAACAAUUAAAGACUCACUUUUAAAUCUUAAAAUACUCUGGUGUGAAGCAUACCAUAGGGCAGGAGAAGCUGUUGUCCAGCUAGAUCCCAUUUGGUCCAGUUUAUCCCAGGAUGCCUUUUUGACACCGUUCCUUCUACUUCCCCAAGAAGCGUCCCUACCCGGAGACCCAGGAUUUCUCAUUACAACCUAAUUGUUCAUCUCAGAUGAAUGUGUAAAUCUUGAUUUAUAUUCUAGAGACUCCAAGGUGUGAAUUUCUUAUUGCUUGUGAGCCUCCUGUUUCUCCAAGCUGACAGCUGUCAGGAGCACCAAUAGCCCUAAUGCUAACUAAUGCAGCAAGAUAAUAGUCAGAAACACUAUAGUAGAGAUUUGGGAGGAUAGGAAGGGUUUUUUUUCUUCUUUUCUCCAUAAAGAGCUUGCUUCCUCCAAUUUCCCCCACCCCCCACAAUGCAUUUCAGAAAGUCUGCAUCUCAUUUUACAGAUAUGUAGUUACAGAAUUUGCAAAUAUAGUUUAGGAAAUGUUCUGAGAUUGAGGCUGGUAGCAAACGAGUUUAUUUUCUGCACUGAACUUAGGACAAGUGUGCAUUAGAUGCAAUUCCUUCAAAGAAAGUGAAACACGGGAAAGCAAAGGGAUAAUACUUUUACACAUUAAAACAGUUGUUUGCUAUCUGUAAACCUUGAUUUAAACAUAAUUACUACUUUUAGAAAUCUGAAGCUGGAGGAAUGUGUGUUUUAGUAAAGUUUUGUUUGUUGAUUUAUUUGUUUCUCUUUAUGUCUUUCUUCUCAAGCUAGUAAAAGAUGUUUAUUCUUUAAUGUGAUACUGUGUGGGCCUUACCAUAUUUAUUUCACUCUCAGAAACAAGCCUUCCAUCCUACCAUUAAAGCCUUUCCUUCAUGAAAAUUGUAUCUUCCUCUUCCAAUAGCACUUGAGAGCUUUGAAGAGAGAAAUUCUCUCUGCCCUUUGAGGAUAGACUAGUUAAAAUAAAAACUGUUUCUUGGGAAAGAAACCCUAUAUGCUUAAAUUCACAGGUCUGGGGCCAAAGAAUAGAAAUUGAUUGCAGGUGAAGGUCAUGCAUUUUAUACUACAAAUUCUUAUUGCCACCUCAAAUCUUUUUUGAAAUAAGGCUGAGUAUAAAUUAUUUUGAUUAAAUUCUUCUUUGGGUGUUUCUUAUUAAUAUCUAGUGAAGAAUACCCAGAAAAAAAAGGGGUGCUACUAAAAUGCCAAAAUCAAUCUAUAGAUUUUUAUUAUAAUUGUAGGUAUUUCUUUUCUAUUCAUUUCAAGAUUGUGUGUGUUCAUGGGGUCUGAAAUAGGAAGACUUCCUCUUCCCCAUGGCUUUCCUAUCUACGCCACCCCAGCAUUCCCCACACACACACAUGCUGGAGGCAAUAGUAACAAAGAGAGAUUGACACCACAUUGCCAGUACUUCACCCAGCCAGACCCUUUCCCCUACAAAAGAAGGAAGAAAACCAAAUUAGAAACUUAAAAAAGGAAAUUGUAGUAUUUCAAUUGAAGGCAUAUUGUUUUCAACUCAACUCAAUUUACAGACAACCUGAGGACCUUUUUGUAACCUGUCUUUUGUGCCGUAAUUGACAUUCUUGGCUCAACCUUUAAUAUCACUGCAACUUCAAUUAAGUGAACAGAGGAAAAACAAAGAGAGGGAACAGGACAAUGAGAUGGGACUAAAAUUGAUACAAUUCUGGAUUCCUAAAGCCAAUUCUCAGGGUUAUCAGAGAAAGUUAGCACCACUCAUCCCUUGUCAUCCUUGCCUGUGUCUCAUGUUGUAAUUCUGAUAAUAGGUGAGCUAACUGUGCCUCUUUGUGAUUAAAGACUUCUCUCCAUGCUAUCAAACAAUCUAGAGAAAUCGUAAAGACCCUUGACUGCUGCUGUACCUAAUCUGCUCUCUCUGGCACAUGAGGAGUAUGCAGAAGGAUAACUGAAAAUAAAAUAAUACUGAACGUUUCCGAUAAAAUUUUGUCGUAGUCUGAAGUGCUUUGUGUAUGUUCACAAUUAGGGGGAUCUUUGGAAAACAAGGCUGGUUACUCUCCCCUUUCUCUCUUUGAGACACUUUUCGGUUUGGAGCCAGCCUUAGAUUGGUAGGAAAAAAAUUCUCAAAAGUAUUUUCAGCAUUUAAACUUCUUUCUUAGUCCCACUGAUUUGAACCUCAGUUUUUCUGAGGAGCCUCUGGAGAUAUAAAUUAGGGAUAAUUUGCAUAUAUCUAAUUAAAAUUAUUUUUUGCACUAUCGUGGAAAGAAUAAUGGUUCUCAGAGUAGAUGAAAGUGAGAUUCUUAGUUCUCCUCAUCAUGGCAAAUAAAGGCGUGAAGCUGAUAUGAUAGAGAAAAAUCUAUGGUAACUUUAUAUUUUAAAGUCAUUUCCAUGUGCUGACCCCCACUGUGCCAAACUCUUUUGUUCCCAUAAUCUAUUCUAAACUACAUAUUGAUUCUCUUGAGACCUUCAGCAUAUGUGUGUGGGUAUGAGCAGACAAGCAUAUUUCCAUUUGGAAAGUGAAGUCCCAAAUUGAGGAGACAGAUUCUUGAGGAUCAUUGAAUGCAAAUCAUUUCUCCAGAAUCACUCAAUAUUGCCACCUCCCAAACUAAUUCUAAAUUAAUCUUAAGAAAACAGUAAGCUCCAUAAGAAAUCCCACCAUGAAUGUCUUUCUCUUACAGAAUAACACAAGAAGAGGUACAAGGCAGACUCUUAAUAUUGGUGUAAUAAUUCACUUUUAUAUUUAAUAAUUGUGCUUUUUGUGUGAGUGUGUCACUGAGCUAUUUGUACCAGUUUCAAUCUAUCAUUCUGAGAGGGGCCUGUGUAUGUGUAUAUAUAUAUCUGUUAUGUGGAGUCAGGAAAACAAGUGAAUAGGAGUGAUAUUAAGUGAGGGAAAAGGGGUCAAUGUAGAAAAGUGAGUGGUCCUAGUGUACCUGUUUAUGUUAUGUAAGAUGGCUGCUGCCUGUAGCCCUCGAGGAAUAGCUGAUUGCACUAUUCAAAAAGAAGAGCCCAGCACUGUUAAAUUUAGGACUGUGUUUUGGGAAACAGGAAAGCUUUAUCUUUUUCUGUCCCCAUUCACUUUAGCAUUGGAGCCAUUUGACAUGAUGAAAACCAUUAAAUAAAAACCACUACUGACCUUUGCAUUAAAUAGCUAUUUUCCUCUUUUAAAUAAUACCCCUGGUUUUAACUCGACUACUUCCCUUUAUUUUCUGCCUAUUGGCUUAAUGUUUUACAGAAUAAUACAUAGGUGCAUACUAGUUUCUCUCCUUUGAGCUAAAACAAACAGGGGCAACAAUAGAGAUGACUCACAGAAGCGUGAGCUGGAGACUGAGUUUCCCACUUUUGUAGCACUGGUAACCUUUGUAAGAGCUGUCUAGGCUUGAGCUUUGGGUCUAUAAUGGGGCUUUCUUUUUUUUGCACUAAAUAUGACUGCACUGCAUUGCACUACUGAAAUGUAUUUACUUGUGUCAGGAGAGUGUGUCUUGGGUACGGGAAAGAAAACGGCAAGUUAUGAAACCAGGAGCAUCACAGAAACAGAGAUUUAUUUCCAUCCUGCUUGGUCUUACCAGGGUUGGUGAGAAGCUGUAGACUCUGCCAAUUCUUGAGCGGGCCUAGACACUGCCCUACUGAUAGGACCUAUUUUCUUACUAUAAAGAAUCUGAGUUGGUACAGUAAAUUGAGGAUGUUUAAGAAGUUUACCCAAUGUUGUUUCCAACUAAGCGUUCAGUAAAAGUUGUGAUAUUGAGGAAGCCAACCGAGAGGCGAUGGAGUCUUCCCCUUGGCCUACACCACAGAGCCCCUUGCUGGUGCACAUUUCAGCGUGACAGAGGGCAUUGGUCUGUGCUCCUUCAAAAACCAUAGCCUUGUCCAGACUGGAGAAAUCCUUUCAGUCUGAGCAUGCUUUUCCAUCCCUGGGUGAAACCUAGAUCAGGCUAACCAAAGAGGAAGGCCAUGCAUGUGGUAAAGUCCUUUAAGUUGACAGUAAGGGAACAGUGCAAUAAACACUGAAAGCCAGUGAGGUGAAAGGUUUAUUCUGAAACAAGCUAAUCCAACUUUGAUACUGGAGGAGAGGGUGGAAGACUGAUCAGAACCUACAGGCAGCUCCAUGAUAGACUAUCCUUAUUAACCAGAAGAUCUUACUAGUGCCUAAAGGGUUAGUUUUGAAGGUUUUUUCUUCCCUAACUUUUCUUUGUUGAAUUUAUUUUUAUUGCCUUUUUAAAUCUUAGAUUUAGAGUUUGACAGCUCUUUAGUAACUGUUCAUAAAAGAAUCUUGCAUCGCAGGAAAAGCAAUAUAUUAUAUGGGGAAUAAUGACACAAGAGUGAAGAUACUGAAGGGCUCUUCCAGAAUCCAAGGUGAUAGCUUUGAAGAUUCUGGUUUACUAAGAAAGAUCACAACUAUAUUCACAGCUAAGGUUGAAUUUCAGGCCUCUCAGUUGAGUCCUCUUUGCUGAGAUUACAGCAUUGAUAUCUGUCUCUUUUUUCUCUCUUCUUUAGUAUCCAUCCACAUCUGCUAUUCUACGUUAAAAAAAAAAAAAAGAAAAGAAAAGAGCUAUCAAAACGAACAUAAGCAAUCCCUUAAGCUUAAAGCAUUAUCUCUAUUUUAAAUAAGAAACUAUAAAUUCAAAAGUCUUAACAGGUACUUAGAAAUGUGUCUUGGGUAAGCCCCCAAACCGAAGCUGUAAGAAGAAAUAAUUGGCCUUUUAAAAUAUAUUCACAGUAAUUGUGCUAGGAUAUUUCUCUUGAAGCUUUGGGAGGCUUCUUCCUUGAAACUUGCAUACCUACUCCAGUUCUGUCACCAAAGAUGUUAAUCUUCUGAGCCCAGUUUCUCCCAGACAAAAGUACUACAUACAGCAGGCUCUCAGGAUAUGUUUUGGUAGUUGAGGGAUGACACUUUGGUUUUCCUCCUGCUCACAGUGGUAUUUACAGGAGACCUUGCUCUUAGAGGAGGUACUGAACUUAGGGUUUGAUCAGAGGUUUAAAUAUAGGGAAAAAUAAAUAAUAGUACUUGACACUGUAAACUAUCUUUAAUGGAGUCCUGACCUGGAGACUGAUGGAGAGAAAGAAACUUCCAAGGAAGAGAGUGAGCUAAAUCAUUUAGAGACAAACAAGGGUCUUUGGUGAAACACAGGGCGGCAUGUACGCAAAUGCAGACCAGGCUCUGCUUGGCCAGAGCCAGCAGCAAUGGCUAGUGGGGGAGUUAGACAACUAGCCAAUGAAUUUAAGCAUUGAAAAAGCCACAGUCUGGAUUUUGUUGUGAUUGUUGGAGUGGUUGAAACGCCCGUGCCCAUGGCAAGGAAAAUGCUUGGAGGCUGAUCUGUUGUGAUAGUGCCUUUCUUGUUGUAGUGAGUACUAGAUUAAUAAUUUAUUCAGUUUUAUGCUUUUCUGGACCAUUGCCCCCAGUCUUCUGAGGAGGUCUGAAGGGAUAGUAUCCAUUUAGGAUGAAGGGAUAGGAUAUUGCUCCUGGAAUGCUGUGAUUUGAUGAUAUUUGCACUAGAUUCUAAACUCUCCUUUAAACUGGAGCAACUGAAUGAGAGAAAAACCAAGGACAGCUCGAAGUUAAAAGAAACCAAAAGCAGUAUUUUCUGACUGAUGCCAUUUCUUCUUCUUCUUUUUUUUUUCUGGAAGAAAACUUUGGUUACCAAGCUCAAUCCUUUCCCUUCACUUCCCCCACACACACUCUGAACCAUCAUUGUGAAUUAACCCUCACUUAGAGACAGUUAAUGUAAAGAGAGUCCCUACCAUUACAGCUUUGCACCCUUCAUCAAGACCAGGGGGCAGUGGGUGGCUGGGGUGGGGAUCCCCCAAAGCUACCCACCUUGAGAGGCCAGUAAGCAUGGAUUUCCAGUCGCAGCUGAGUUAGUGACAGGCCCAGUGUCAUGCCUACUCAGAUGACACUGGGCCUGUCACUAACCCAGAAGGAUGCUCAAAAAGAGGAGGAAACCAAGGUGUUGAAGAAAACAAAGGGAGAUGGUGCCCAAAGUUUGCCUGUUUCUCCCCUCUCUUUUCUUUCCCACCUCACCACCACAUCCUCUCUGUCAGACUGUUUCAUCUCACAUGUUUUAUGUUACCAGAAGAAAAUGAUUUGGUUCCUUGGUUUCUCUCUUGAUCAGUGGGGCUGGGAACUCUUCCAGAAUUAAAAACAGAUACCAUUAGCAGCUCCCCUGUGUCUAGUCGGUUUCUCAAAUGCUGUACCACUGGUCUUGACUGGUCAACUAAGAUAAUUUGGAAGCUUUGGCUGGCUAAACCACCUGUCCACUUGAUCUUCAUUUUGUUUCCAUUUCCUUUUGAAUUGUAAGUGAGGCUGUGGAAAGGUGGAAAUCAUGGGAAAGGCUUGGAGGCUGCAAUCCUAGGGCCUACCCUGUCAGGAGUUUAUGCUAUCCAAAAUACAUCUUUCUGCACUUGUUUUCAUUUUAAUCUGUUACCCUGAUUAUAAUUUCUAUGAUACUUGGUAUUUUUAUAAGAAUAGAGUCCAUUUGCUGUGUCUAUUUAAAUCCUUUUUUUUUCUAUUGUCCCCACACGGAUGCAGUACCAAUCUGUUAAUGAAAUAUCUUUUUAUUAUAUUAUUCAUAUGUAAUUCUACUGUAGACCAAAAAUAUAAAAACAAAUUUGUUCAUUUUAAAGAUGUAAGGAACUAGUGAGUAAAAGAUUGAGUUGAAGGAAAAGACAGAAGAGCAGUGGUUCACUAUGUUGAGUUAGAAAUCUAAGAGUAGCCUUACCUAUUUUUUAACCAGUGCUUGCCAAUCAUACCAUAGUUGGGAAUAUAUAAUCGUGGCUCCUUCAUGCUGAUGUUCUAUAAUUCUUGUUUGUCUGUUUGUUUCCUUUGAUGUCAUUGAGAUUGCACAUCAUGCUAUUUUUGGCAAUGCCUGAAUUUAUUAUAUUGUACUUUUAUCAGUCAUUUCCUUUAGAAGGAUGGGGGGAAAGUUUUAUUUCUUCUUUUAAUUUAAAAUUUGUUUAAUGCACUGGAAAUAAAAUUGGACACAUUUCACUGUUUAAAAAAUCAGAAACAAAACAAAACAAAAACCACGAAGAAAAAACCAGUAAGCAAAUAAAAAAUGGGGGUGGGGGGAAGCUACAAAAAAAAAAAAAAUCUAUUUGUACCGAGACACAUACAAACUAUAUCCCACAUGAGAGAUAAGUAAAUCAAGUAGGAAAAGUAUAUAGUUUAAGCUGCAGUGCUGAAAAUAUAAAAGGUAUCUGUGUUCAAUGGGGUUGGAGACAAUAGGGCAUUCCUUUGAGAUCAGAGAUGUUGUCAUUAUUCCAACUAUUGCCCCAAUGGGGAGAGUGUGGGAAAAAGUCUGCAGGAAAUAGCCCUCACCUUCUUUAUUCCACUGGAGCUCUACAUUACCUUUUGCCCUAUGCUUGAGCACCAUUUGGAAAAAAAAAUGAAAAAUAAAAGAUACAGACAUACAUUUGUGCUGUGCUUGAGAAAGUGGUUUGUAAAGAUGUCUGUGUCCAGUACCCCGUGGACACACGACAGUCCAUGUGCUACCUCACAUGUUUCUCUUCUCGUGAGGAUUUGGAAAGGAUGGUCCCACGCUGUGGGGCCUAGAAAUGAUUCAUUGGCACCCGCACAUGCUAAAGAAGCUCUUGAAUCUAGCCUGAUCUCCAUUCUUCAGCGUUCUCUAACACCAACAGGGCCACCUAACUCAUAAGUGCUCAGUAACAGAAGAACAGAGAUAUUUUUCCUAGCCAAGUGGCUAUCUACCACCAUUUGUUUAAAGCUUGCUGGGUUUUUCUGGUUUUGUUUUGUUUUCGAUUAGGGGUGGGAGUGGAUGUAACUUCACAAUCCUAAUACAGUAAAUGUUUUGCAUCUUCCAUGUUUUAUGCAAAAACAGACAUUUAAAUCAAUAAAUAAUUGUGCCCUAGACUGAAAGUUAAUGUUUAGGAGAGGAAAAAAAAUUGUUGGAAUUUUUUCUACAUUUUUUUGUGAAGAAUCUUUUUUGGAAAGGAAGGAUACAUAUUUUUGUUGUGUAAUAUUUUCUAUUUUUGAAUGCAUUUUAUUGGUACAAGACUGUUUUUUUGGUGAAGACAUUAUUUAAAAAAAAAAAGAAAAAAACUAAUCGAAAAGUUUGCCCUUAAGGAUAUGCUGCAGUUUUGAGGUUAAAAAAAAUAACUGAUUCAAGAUGCGUGUUAAAAAGUUGGGAUUAUAUUGUUGUUUUUUGUAAUUGUUACAAGAAGAAGUUUGUACCCACUGCUGUUUAUUUUGUUUCAGAUGAGUAAGUAAAGGGAUUGUUCUUGUUUUAUUCUUUUUUUAGAGAAAAAAAAAGCUAUUUAUGAAAUGUCAAAAACACUGGACUGUGAGUUUAAGUGUGGAAGCAUUUUUACCACCCUGUGUCUUCAACCAAUUAUGGGAAGCCCCUUUUCUCUCCCCCCCGCCUUAGCCUUGCCAAAUGAGAAAAAUAGAACAGCUAUCAGACGAUCGAAGCCACCGAAGCCCUGCUUUAAUUUUUAUGGUUUGAGAAAGUAGGAAAACCAAAGUUAAAUUUGUUUCUGAAAUCCUGCUGUCCGUAGCCCUUCUUUGUACGUCACAGCCGGGCUCUGCCUCUCUGUCUUGGGUCACGGCCUUCUUAGAGACUGGGGACCGACUCUGAUGCAAAGAAAGGCAGAAAGGUGGUGAGCCUGAGAGUUGAGGUCUCAUGAAGUCAAAUGUGAGUGGGACUUCAGCCUCUCGGUGCUCAACCACGCUGUCCCAUCCGGAGACCCCAGGCUGCCGAGAGAGCGCACUGCUAACACUGCCGGAGGAGAGCGAGCCUCCUCCCUCCUCCACUUUCUGCUUCCUAGACCCUCCUGUCACUGUCAUGGUUCUGUGGAGUGGCUCUGCCUUUCUUAGCAGCCCACGUUCCGUGGAUGGGAGUGGGGGCAGAGGCCAGGGAUCCAAAUGAAAGAGGUGGCAGUGGUGUGAAGGCACCCCUGCCCUCGGGAAGGUAGGGCAAGGGACCACUGAGCACAAGGGAUCUUGCCCACCUCAGCUGUGAUUUUGCAGAAUAUCCAUCUUUCUGCUCACUGUGAAGAUGGACAGGCAGAGUGCCCUACGGCUGUUCAAUAGCUUUUCCAUAUUUUUUCAACAUUGAAAAAAUAAUUUUUAAAAACUGUGAUAUUUUUUUAAAAAUCAUUUGGCUGGGGGGAAGGGAAAAGGGAAACACCAAAAGCUGUAACAUGAUUAACUGGAGAUAUUUAACUGGGGCACUUUGUAGACCAAGACGAACUAACUCUUUUCUGGACUCUAAAGCAGCCAAAUCUUGAGACUGUCAAUGAAAGAAAGCUGAAGCGAGGCCUCCAUCUCCUCCUUUCUCCUUUCUUCUCUCUGUCUCAAAAUUCUCUCUUGUUCCCCUUUCCCAACUUCCCUCGGGCUCUUGCCCCAAUGGCCCCUUAGACCCCAUUUCAUGUGCAAGAGCAUGAGCGCGCUCACACAGACACACACAUACCUUACAAAAUACCAUUUUUCUUAAGGAUUGUGGGACCGAAUAAAAUCAUGUGCCUUCAUUUUUUCCCUUUUAUAGUUAGACAAACCUCUUCCUUUUUACAAUGUUUAAAAAAAAAAAAAAAGAGGAAGGAGGUUGAAUUGUUAGUGGAAGCCUUGGGCAUCACUCGAGAAGUAAUUUUUGUUUAGCACAUCCCCCUAAACAUUAAACACAACAUUUUAACCCCUUCCAGACACUCUUUGGACAUGUAAAGCAUCAAGUAACCAGAUACACAACAGCCGAAAUCCAGUGAUUUCAGAGCACUCCUGAACGUCCUAUUUCAUAGACUUCUUUGAUUUUAUCAAAAUUGAGGCGAGCAACGGCAAACAGCCUUGUUCUCCUGAUCUGGUGCUUUUGCUUGUGGUGUGGGUGGGGCAUGGGGGUGGGGGGCGUGGGUGUGUUUAGACAAAGGGUGCAUUCCUAAAGAUCUCUGGUGCUGAAGGGCCUCGAGUUCCUUUCAGAGACUGUAUUUGACACACUUUAAAUACACACAAACAAAUGGUAUCACAUGCAAUAUUUUAAUGGGGCAAUGGGAGAGGCUCUUUGAAACGGGGUUUUGCAUUUUUUGUACCAUUUUGCUUUCUCUGGUGCCUUAUUCCUACUCAAUGCUGGCACUCAUAUACCCACAGGAAACUGACACAGAGUCAGCUUCGUGAAGGGGGCCGUAUGGGUCAUGUUGGAGCACGUGGGGCCGCAGGGAGGUUGGUGUCAGUUAGUGGGGAAGGGACUGGGUAGCAUCUCUUAACUGAAGCCGAGCAGGGACUGCACAAACCCAUUACAGAAGAAGUUAGCUAGUCUGAUACAUAAACACACAACAAACUCAUUGCUCCUCAUCCAGGCUUUCCUUCCUUCUUCCUUUUCUCUCUCCACCUUCUCAUAAAGGUGCUGCUGCUGCUAAGGUGCCCAGAGUCCAGAAUGCCCAGUAAUCACUCAGGCACAAGCCUGGCACUGCCACGUCAGCCCCCGGCACGACCAAACCCAGGUUUCUCCUGCUUGGGGCUGAGAAUCAUCAGAUUUUUCUCAUCAAAAUAUGUUUUCCAAGGAAUCAGCGGAUUACAGUUAUUCUGCAUUGAAAAUGCACUUUAAGAAAUAAAUAAAAGCUCCAGACUGUUUAAAAUAUACAGAGGGGGCAGGGGAAAGACAAACGUGCUAGUGUCUGAACCCAGUUCAGUUUAUCUCCAGUUGAAACAGUAUACACUAUAUAAUGUAUAAAUGUAUACACACUUCCUAUAUGUAUCCACAUAUAUAUAGUGUAUAUAUUAUACAUGUAUAGGUGUGUGUGUAUGUGCAUAUAUACAGACAUGCACAUAACAAAAUCAGAUGCUCAUUACAAAUCCAGAUGCUACACAAACAGCAGCAGAGGAAACAAGGUUGGACUCUUGCAACAGAUCACAAAAAAUAAAAACAGCCACUUGCAGUGACUUUGGUCAUUUCUGUAUGUUCACAAAGAAUGGAUUGUAACAAAGAAAAAAGGAACGGUGUUAGUCAAAGAGGAAAAAUGGGCGAAACCAUCUUGAUCCAAUGGGAAUGCAGUAAUGUUCUCUACCAUUUCAUCAGUUAUUUCUUUUAGUCCUGUUAAUUUGAUUUCAGUUUCUGGCUAUUAAAAACAUUUUUAGACUCAAGUGACCCACCACAAACUGAACAAAACAACUAUAGUGAAAGCCCUUUUCAGUGGAAGAUGUCAGAAAUCUCAAAACCCUUGGCCUGACUCAGAACUACCAUGUGCAAAUCAGUCCUCUCUUAAUGUUUGAAAUAAAAACUGAAAAAAAAAAAAAAAAAAAAAAACUUUUUUGAAGCACCUUAAUGUGGCCAUCCAUUUGAGAAAUGGGGGCCACUUUUUUCUUUGAGCACCUUAUUGACGUGUUUUGCUAUCUGCUGUCUUUCUGUUACCUGUUGGCUGAAUGGCUAGCUGUUGACAUACACAUGUGCCCAGACCAGACAUCUGGCAUGUGUGUUUGCAAUGAAGUUUACUGUGGUGACUGCUGAAAGGUGAACCCAUUUCCUGAUUUUCCCGCCACAGUGUUGUGAUAAGAUUCCUAGAAACCCUUUUCUCUGCACAGAAAUGUUUCUUAUCACGUUGUAUCUUAGUAUGGAAAGGAAUAUGGUCCCUUUUUUGCAAUUGCUACUGUGUACACACACACAGACACACUGUAUAUUUAGACCUAAAACACACGCGCACACACACGCACAUGUGCAUGCACAAACAUAUUCAUUCGUCCAAGUGGUGUUUCCAAUGUCUAUGUGGGUGUCCUGGUUUUGUUUCCAUUUCCCAGUGAAUUUUGAAUGGAGGGCAACUUUUUCUAACCAGACUGUCUUUUCAGACCAAAGACCCUGGGAAUUGGGGAAGAGUUUGGAAAAAGGGAGAGGCAAGGCAAAAAGAGAGCUUUAAAUUGAAAGAUUAAGUUUUCCAAGAGGAAAGUGAGCUGAAGGACUACAGAGACUCUACCCUCCAGUCUUUGCAGGUGGGCAUGGAACACUACUUGAAUCACUCUGUGCCGUAAGAUCCACGUGUACACGAACACACACAUCCAUCCAUCAACAUACAUGGUUUGGGAUGAGCAGGUCAAUAGUUUUGAGAGGGAGUUUGUUCCUUUUUUUUUUCUCAUUAUACUCUUAAAUCAUUGUCAGUUAUCAAACAAACAGAAAAAUUGUUUUGAAAAACCUUGCAUACGCCUUUUCUAUCAAGUGCUUUAAAAUAUAGACUAAAUACACACAUCCUGCCAGUUUUUUCUUACAGUGAGAGUAUCCUUACCUGCCAUUUAAUAUUAGCCUCGUAUUUUUCUCACGUAUAUUUACCUGUGACUUGUAUUUGUUAUUUAAACAGGAAAAAAAAACAUUCAAAAAAAGAAAAAUUAACUGUAGCGCUUCAUUAUUCUAUAUUAUUAUUAUUAUUGUGACAUUUUGGAAUACUGUGAAGUUUUAUCUCUUGCAUAUACUUUAUACGGAAGUAUUACGCCUUAAAAAUACGAAAAUAAAUUUUACAAGGUUUCUGUUUUGUGUGGAAGAGUAAUUGAUGUUGCUAAGAAUGAUGUUUGUUUUUUGGGGUUUUUGUUGUUUUUUUUUUAAAUGUUACCAGCACUUUUUUUGUAAGUUUCACUUUCCGAGGUAUUGUACAAGUUCACACUGUUUGUGAAGUUUGAAUAUGAAGGAAUAAUUAAAACAAAAAAAAAACUCUU